AUGUCUACCAAAUUCAAACAUCUGUACCAUUCAUCUUAUCAAAGUGGUCUGGGUGUUUGCAAUAACACAGUUGUUUGUAUCAAAUGGGGUUUCAUAAAGGAUGAGACAAUCAAUGAGAGAUUUAAAGAUCUGACUGAACAUUAUAACUGGUAUAACCAAAGUGACCCAGGCAAUAGAAUUGUGGACUCAAUUCAAUGUCUAUACAACUGCUGCGGAACUUAUUCUUAUAGAAGUUGGGAUGACAUGAGACCUGAUAUAGACUGGUAUCCCAUGUCUUGUUGUUGUCAUAUAAAGUCAACUAUAGAUCCUAUCAAUCAUAUGAGUCCAAUCAAUUGUACACAAGAAAACGUCAAUAAAGAUAAUUCAUGCUUUUCUGCACUCAAUCACAAACUCGAAGACAUCCGAUACUCGGUCUCAUUAAUGGCUGGAAUAGCUAUCACUAACUCUUUGAUUAAACUCAUUGGUAUUCCUCUGGGAUUGGAUGUGAAGCCCCGUUACAGUCCAUUAGAGUUGAUUUGCAAGGCUAUCAAAAUAGUGGUGAGCCCGCGAACAAUGAGUCACUUCAUCCAUAUGUUCCGCAAUUCAGCGCCCGAUCCGCUGACAAACACCAAAAAAGAGGGAAAGUUCAAGAAGUUUCGCAAGAAUUUCCAUAAAUCCACUAUAAAUGUGACCGAAAAGCCAAAUGUGAAUGAUUUGAGAUGUGAGCCAAAGUUUAUGAGACAGAGGUCUGUGUCGACGUCGGCGCUCAACCACAUCAGUGACGACCACUCCAGAGAUCACCGCUUUGUCGGUAAACGCAAUUCCGUGGUGUCGGUGACCACGUCCGUCAUGACUAGUAGUACCACCAGUGAUGAUGAAUCGGUGGAAGCAGUGCCCGCUCAGCCCCCACAGCAACCCAACGAUAACCGGAUGUCAGUGAAAGAGUUGAUCGAGAAAAUGAUAACUCAUUUGCAGAUAUUGGAGCGAAAGAACGAAAUCUUAACACAAAAUAUACACCAAUUGAGUGACGAGAAGACGUCGCUGGAGACGGAACUGAGUUCUUGCAAAGUAGAGCUCAACUUAUAUAAGAACCGAUUGAACCAAAUGGAGAGUUUGGUGGAGGAGUGGCACUGUUCCGUCUGCGGUGACAAUCGCCUCAAAGUACUCAAUACGAAGCGACAGAUAGUGUCCACUCUUUGCGGUCAUCUGUUUUGCUCGAAAUGCGCUCAAAGUGUCAUCAGUUCCGGCCGUUCCCUCAGACACUGUCCCAUAUGUCAUAAGCCAGUCAAUGAUAUUAAUAGUCAACAAACGGAUAAUGUGCCAUUCAUUAGAUUCUCUUUUCGCAGGACUACUUCGCAGACAAUGAUCGACACGUCCGUCGACAGCACCAGUCAAUCCAAUUCCAUAGUAAGUGAUUCCGAUUCCUCUACACUCGAGUUUGUGGAGUCCUUACCCCCGAAGAUCCCUCCGCCGCCACCUCCUCGACCGCCUCCCAGACGUCGACGCAAACAGUCGUCUAACGGAUCCGUAUUUUAUUGCGAGACUUCAAGCCCAUCACCGCCAGAGCCCAAUGAGGACAUCCCGGACACAGACAUGAGGCCAAUCAAGAGACCUCUGGUGCCGCCUCCCAUACCUCCGCGCACGGUAUCGAUGGACGAAAGUUGGAUCAAAAAACAGACUGUAGUUAAGAGUAGUAUAAGUCUUCAGACGACACAUAUCUCGUCGACAGACAACCAAAUGUUUACAAACGAAGAACUCAUUCAAAACUUAACGCAAAACCUGUCAGUCAUGGAAGACCUGAAUUGGUCCCUAAGAAGUGAACUCAAGACAUGUCGCGACGAGAAUUCCAUACUUCUUAAUGAAUUGGCGGCCGUUCAUAUGGAAAGGGAUCAAUUGUUGCAGACGUGCAAAGAGAUCGACCACUUGAAGGACAACGAGUGGGUCUGCUCUAUAUGUCUGGACGACCGACAGAUGAUUGUAUCGACAGAGAGACAAAUUGUGGCCACUCUUUGUGGACAUCUAUUCUGUAAUAUUUGUGUGAAUAUGGCACUCAAUGUGGAGAGUGUAUGUCCCACUUGUCGAGAACCCAUUCCUCAAAAAACGCCUGCAUUUCAUUACUUAUACUUUUAA